GUUUCCAGAGGUUUUGUUUUUUGUGUGUUGCUGUCGCGCAAAGUUCGACAAGGAUUACCCGAUACUCCCCGGUGUGUUCCGGUCGGUUCCCUAGAUACAACCUUUUGAUCGUGCGGUUGUUGAAUGUCCGGUUUUCGGUUGGUCACACGCUCACUAUCUCCAGAGCGGUGGUGCUAUUAGUCGUCGCCGUGUGCAACAAGUGCAAUUGAAAAGCUUAUCAGAAAUGUGUGACAUCGGUAGCAGGGAGUUGUAAAUUAUUCAAGUAUCGCUUUCCAAGGCACAAAACCAAAUCAAUUUCGAUAACGGCGUCAACAACAACGGCAGCAGCUAAGACAGAAGAAUACAUAGUGUUAUCUGAGAGAAGGGAUUUGAGCCCUCGACAACUCGGUUCAUCAUUUGGUUGACUUAUUUUGAGUUACCCUUUCAAACUGUUUGGAGCAGAUCUAUACACUCGAUACAUUUCGUUCGGAUUGUUCCAUUCGGGAAUGGAAGUAGUUGCUGGCGCUAGGAUUGGAUUCCCGUAUCUACUGAAGGUCAACGCUGCCCUGCUGGGUACCUCGGAGUACGAACGAGACUUCAAUUAUUUCAACGGCCGGCCGGUGGCAGUGGACACGCUGGAGCAAGUUAGCCCGGAAGAAGCGAACGCAUAAACGUGCAUCCAAUGAGAAACACAGUAGAAGCCACAGUGCCCUAGACGAAUCCAGCUAGUAUAGAAGGUUUCGCUUGUAUAAGCUGAUCUAACCUCCUGCCAAAAGUCAAACCCAAGCGAUCGUAUUGAGUCACAAUCACCAACGCCAAAUUCCGCCUGUUCGCGUCAAUCUCUCCGAUCAAGUCCGGACAGAUUGGACCGGGAAAAAUCGUAGAUCAAGGAGUACGAAGAAAAACACGGUACAGAUCUCCAUAGCUAGUGCCAGAACAGUAGGACCAAUUAGUAGUCAACGAAGAAGACAAACAGGUUUACAAUGAAUCCGAAGCUCAAGCUCACGGUCGACCAGGAACAACCGCCGACAUUGGUGGCUGAUCCGACGGAUCUUCUCUACAGCAUAGAUCUCAACGAUGCCCGAAAUGAAAGCAUCAACAACAGUAGCGACAAGAACAACACUAAUAUUAGCAACGACAGCUCUUUCGGUGCUAAUAGUUUUAAACCUGACGACCUGAAAAUUGAUGUCCGAGGAGUGCCGGAGUACUACCGAACCGAUGACGAUAGUUAUAGACCGUACACUAUCUACGGGACCCAACACGGUGAUGGAAACGACAAACUGUCCGUUCUACCAGCUUCAACAACCGGCUCAUUAAGCUCAAUCAUAACGACGUCCGUGGCAUCCUCCGAACCGGAUCGUGGUGAUCAUCGUGACGGUGGCGUUGGCGGCGGUGGUGAUGACGACGAUAACAAUAUAGUAGCGACGACAGCGGGCGGCAAGGGCACCGGCGGCGUCGGUGGUGAUGGACACGGGCCGCCCGUAGGACACGGUGGUGAAAUCAAGCAGGAAAAAUGGUGGGAAACGACACUGCAGAUUUCGAUUCCGUUCUUCAUCGCCGGUGUCGGCACGAUCGGGGCCGGAGUCAUCCUGGGACGGGUCGAGCACUGGAAAGUAUUUCACCACGUAACGGAAUUGUUCAUCCUGGUACCGGCGCUGCUCGGCCUCAAGGGCAACCUGGACAUGUGCCUGGCAUCGCGGCUCUCGACGCAAGCAAACCUCGGCAACAUGGUCAGCACCCGGGAGAUCAUCCACAUGAUCGUGGGAAAUAUCGCGCUGGUUCAGGUGCAAGCCACCGUGGCGGCGUUUAUCGUGUCUCUCUUUGCCGUGGGUGUCGGGGCGGCCAUCAACGGGCGGUUCCUGUUCGAUCAUGCCAUGCUGCUGACCGCGUCGAGCAUGUUCACCGCGACGACGUCGUGUUUCGUACUAGACUUUGUAUUAGUGGCUGUGAUUUUAAUGACUAAUAAGUUGAAAUUGAAUCCGGAUAAUCUGGCAACACCGUUGGCAGCUUCGAUCGGUGAUGUGGUAUCUCUUAGUUUACUAUCCUUCAUAGCGUCGCUGCUAUUUGAACAUAUAGAGACUCACCUCUGGAUAACGUUCGUCAUAGUUGCCGGUUAUUUUAUUCUGUUACCAUUUUGGGUAUUUUUAGUAUAUAGAAACAAGUACACGCGGUCCGUAUUGAAAUCUGGAUGGGUUCCUGUGCUAUCGGCACUCUUCAUUAGUGGACUGGGUGGCCUAGUGUUGGAUACAGCCGUCGGAGUCUUCAACGGUUUCGUCGUGUUCCAGCCCAUCAUCAACGGCAUCGGUGGUAACCUAGUAUCCGUUCAGGCGAGCAAAAUCUCCACCAUGCUCCAUCAGAGCUCGAUCAUUGGCAUCAUUCCGCCGCAUACCAAGAUCUUCGAACCACCGUGGAAGGCACUGUUCAAAGGAGUUCCUUACGCCAAAACUGCUAGAAUUCUGAUCCUAAUGUCAAUUCCCGGACAAGUGCUGUUCAUCUUCGUAGCUGACUACAUUCACAUGUCCGAAUCAACUAUUGGUGCUCCGUUUGUGUUGUCAUAUCUGUUAGUCAGUUUGAUACAGGUUAUGUUGCUUCUGUACAUCGCUCACAUCAUCAUCCACGCCAUGUGGAAGUGGAAGAUCGAUCCGGAUAACUCGGCCAUCCCGUACUUGACGGCGUUUGGCGAUCUGUUUGGUUCAAGCUUGCUAGCGCUGGCGUUCCUGUUCCUGAGAGGUAUUGGGCACCCGUACGGCGAGAAUGUGGACGAAAUUGGUUCCACCAUCACCACUACCAUGUCCUUCAAUCCGGUGGAUGUCGAUUUGAGCAAGAAUUUUGGUAUUUAUUAGUUUUUCCCUCCAAUCCUUCCUUUAAAUUUUAGCAUCCCCAGGCAGUGAGAAUCUGAAACCCUUAGAAGCAAGCAAUUAAUGUGUGUGAUUGUGUGAACGUAGAAUGUGUGAAAUGUGCAUCCCCUAGCGAUUUCUGUUGUCCCUGAAAUCUUUGACCCCGUUCGCCCCCCCGGUAAAAGUUGUAUAUUUAUGCUUACUUGAAUAAGAACAGUAUUGAAAACUCUUACUUUUAUACGUAAGUUUAGCUUUUUAUUUAAUUUUAACCUAAUAUAAAACACAAACACAAACAAAGCUGAGUCACAGGAAACGAUAUUAAAUUUACCUUAGCGUGCAGAGCGCAUCAUCGAGUCAGCCCCAGGGACGGCCAUAUUGUUUGCAUCCGAGCCUCAUUCCCUUAUCCCCCGAAAUCCAUCUUCAUAGUAGCUGAGUGCCUCCAGGCGCUCAAAUUACCUAAUUUAGAUUGUGUUGUUUACUAUUUAUAAUUUAGCAAAUUAGUUAGGUUCAAAAGGCUCUCUCGUUAAUUCGCAAAUAAAGAAAUAAAAAAAAAAGAUUUGGUUGUUUGUAAAACAUUAAUAAUCAUAGUUCAUUUGGUAUUGAAAAUUCCUGUUUUUGUUGAAGUCAAAAACAAUGUUGCUCAUAAUUGCAAAAACAAAAACUACAAUAACAAACAUUUCUAGCGUUCAGAAUCAUAAGGACCUACUGCUACAGCUAAAUGAACCAAUUUCCCGGAAUUGUUCCAGUACAGUGUACGCUGUUAGGCUCUUAUGAUUCUGAAUGCUAGAUUUACACUAACACGGAAGAAAUGUGAUUGAUUUGAAAUAAUUAAUAAGUUCAAAUGAUUAAACCAAUUUUGAUUGGUCAGGUAUACAGUAAGCCAAUUGUAAAUAAACAGAUUCACUACUUAAUUCAAGGUACUAGGCGAAGUAAAACAAAGUAAGCAUAAGUUCGAAAACUUAUAUUGAUUGAACUGCAAAAAAUAACAA